AUGGGCAAAGAGCUGCGUAAGGGACUGAAGAGAUGCUCCACAUCCACCACGGAUGCUGAAGCAUCAGAUCACAAGGACAAGAAGCCUUUGCAGAUAGCUGAGAGUGAGCUGCAGACCGAUGUAAAGAAGCAGAAGAAAUCUGAGAGCAAGCAAAUUGAUGAAGAUGAUUUGCAAUCCAAGAAGAUAUCUGAGAUAGAGGAACUGAAGAAAGUGAGGAAAUCUCUCGUAGAGGCUUUGAAAAAAAAACUGCAGGAGGAAGAGCUCCCAAAGAAAACGGGGGAAUUUGAGUGCUGUUUUGAUACUAAAGAUGCGGACGGAAUGUACUGUAAUUAUAUUUUCGUUAGGGGAUUUGACACUGCCCUUCCUAGGGAUGUUAUCAGGGCCGCAUUGUGGAAACGCUUUGAGUCACUUGGAUGUGAUGUCCGAAGGGUUUUUGUUCCCAUAGAGUGCAGAACCGGUGUUCCCUUAGGUAUUGCCUUCGUUUGCGUGGUUGAAGAACAAAAGGCCUUAGCCCUCGGUGGAGGUUACAUGGGAGAUUACCCUCUUUUUGUUAUGAAGGACAAGAAUCAAUCGGUUUUCUCUAAUUUCCCUAACUUUAAGGGGUGUGAUCGUUGUUGGAUUUUUCUUGCCGAGCACCAACACAAGAGAUUCAUUGCUAGGCGAGGGAAGUACCGGAUUCCUUGCUAG